AUGGGGUCUCACCCCGACGCGAAAGACCUCGAGGUCCCGACAGCCACCCCCUCCACAAACGGCGAGUCCACCGACGACGUCGAGAGCGCCAACUACCGCAAGCCCGUGGACAAGGAGACCGGGUCGCCGCCCGACAAGGAGGCCGACCUCAAGAAGCUCGACUCCAAUGUCAUCAAAGUCAAGGACGAGCACGACGAUCCCUUCCGCCACUUGCCAGCCGACGAGGCUGAGAUCCUGAAGCGACAGGUCGAUAUCCCCGUCGUCACCUCCACCUACUGGACCCUGUACCGCUAUGCCACCCUCAACGACAAGCUCAUCAUCGCGCUGAGCUGCAUCUGCGCCAUCGCGGCCGGCGCGGCGCUCCCUCUCAUGACCAUCGUCUUUGGUAACCUGGCGGGCCAGUUCCAGGGCCUCUUCCUCAAGACGAUCCCCAAGGAUGAAUUCGCGGGGAUUCUCAGCCACAAUGUUUUGUAUUUUGUAUACAUUGCCGUCGCCGAGUUUGUCACGAUCUACAUCUUCACCGUCGGCUUCAUCUAUACCGGCGAGCAUAUCAGCGGGAAGAUCAGAGAACGCUAUUUGGAGGCGUGUAUGAGGCAGAAUAUUGGGUUCUUUGACAAGCUUGGUGCCGGUGAGAUUACUACGCGCAUCACGGCUGAUACGAAUCUGGUGCAGGAUGGUAUCUCUGAGAAGGUCGGCCUCACCCUGGCGGCUGUGGCGACGUUCGUCACGGCCUUUGUCAUUGGUUUCAUCAAGUACUGGAAGCUCACUCUCAUCCUGUCCUCCACGGUCUUUGCUAUCAUCUUCCUCAUGGGCGGCCUGUCGCGCUUCAUUGUCAAGUAUAACAAGAAAUCCCUCGAGUCGUACGCCCUGGGAGGCACCAUCGCCGAAGAGGUCAUCAGCUCCAUCCGCAACGCGACGGCCUUCGGCACGCAAGACAAGCUGGCCAGGCAGUACGACAUCCAUCUCGCCGACGCAGAGAAGUGGGGUUACAAGGUCAAGGUCAUUCUCGGGUUCAUGAUCGGAGGCAUGAUGGGCAUCGUCUAUCUCAACUACGGUCUUGCUUUCUGGCAGGGCGCCAAGAUGGUCGUCAACGGCGAGACGGCGCUCAGCAACAUUUUGACGACCCUGCUGGCUAUCAUGAUUGGUGCUUUCUCGUUCGGAAACGUCGCGCCUAACAUCCAGGCCUUCACCACUGCUAUAUCCGCUGCUGCCAAGAUCUUCAACACCAUCGACCGCGUGUCCCCCCUGGACUCCUUAGACGACAAGGGCAUCAAGCUCGAGCACGUCAAGGGAACUGUCGAGCUCCGCAACAUCAAGCACAUCUACCCUUCGCGCCCUGAAGUCACCGUCAUGGAGGACGUCAGCCUUUUGAUCCCAGCUGGCAAGAAGACCGCUCUCGUCGGUGCCUCCGGUUCCGGAAAGAGUACCAUUGUUGGCCUCGUCGAGCGCUUCUACGACCCUGUUCGCGGUAACGUCUACCUUGAUGGCCACGAUGUUAGCACGCUCAACCUCAGGUGGUUGCGCAGCAACAUCUCGCUUGUUGCCCAGGAGCCCGUCCUCUUCGGCACUACUAUCCUCGAGAACAUCCUCCACGGUCUCAUCGGCACCAAGUACGAGUACGAGAGUCUCGAGAAGAAGACCGAGCUCGCUGUGGGGGCGGCCAAGAUGGCUAAUGCCCACGAGUUUGUUACAGGCCUUCCUGAGGGAUAUCAGACGCAUGUGGGUGAGCGUGGAUUCUUGCUCAGUGGAGGCCAGAAACAGCGUAUUGCUAUUGCUCGUGCGAUGAUCUCGGAUCCUAAGAUUCUGCUCCUUGAUGAGGCUACGUCUGCGCUUGAUACCAAGUCUGAGGGUGUUGUCCAGGCUGCGCUUGAAGUCGCUGCUGCUGGGAGAACUACUAUUACCAUCGCUCAUCGUCUGUCUACUAUCAAGGAUGCCGACAAUAUCGUCGUUAUGCAGGAAGGCCGUAUCAUCGAACAUGGUGCCCACGAUCAACUUCUUGAAGCUCAAGGCGCGUACUUUAGACUCGUUGAGGCGCAGAAGAUUGCCUCCGUCAACGCCGUCACCGCCGAAGAACAGGCAGCUAUCGAUGCUGAUGAUGAGAAGCUCGCCCGCCACAUCUCGGAAACCGCAGGACAAGAUUACAUCGAAGACCCGGAUGACAAGAACAUCGCGAACAAGCUGAACCGCACCGCAACCGAGAAGUCCCAGUCCAGCCUGGCCCUGCAGAAGCGCGUCCCUGAGGGCGAGCAAACGUACUCUCUCUGGACACUGAUCAAGCUCGUCGCCUCCUUCAACAAGAAGGAAACGCACCUCAUGCUCGUCGGCCUCUUCUGGGCCAUCAUCUGCGGUGGCGGCAACCCAACCCAAGCCGUCUUCUUCGCCAAGCAGAUCCUGACCCUAUCCUUCGCACCCACCGCCUCUUCCCCAGCCCAGGUCAUCAGCGACUCCAACUUCUGGAGUCUGAUGUACCUCAUGCUCGCCAUCGUGCAAUUCAUCGCCUUCGCAAUCCAAGGCUGGGCCUUCGCCUUCUGCUCCGAGCGUCUCGUGCACCGCGUGCGUGACCAGGCAUUCCGCUCCAUGCUGCGCCAGGACAUCGCCUUCUUCGACCGCGACGAGAAUACCGCCGGCGCACUGACAUCCUUCCUCUCUACCGAGACGACGCACAUCGCCGGCCUCUCCGGCGCCACCCUCGGCACAAUCCUCACCGUCAUCGUGACCCUCGUCGCCGCCCUCGCCGUCUCCAUCGCCAUCGGCUGGAAGCUCUCCCUCGUCGUCGCCUCCACAAUCCCCAUCCUCCUCGGCUGCGGCUUCCUCCGCUUCUGGGUCCUCGCCCAGUUCCAGAGCCGCUCCAAGAAAGCCUACGAGUCCUCCGCUAGCUACGCCUGCGAAGCCACAUCCGCCAUCCGCACCGUCGCGUCGCUCACCCGCGAGACCGACGUGCUGGAUAAGUACAAGGAGCAGCUCGCGUCGCAGGCAGUCGUGAGUCUGAAAUCCACACUCCACUCCUCCACCCUCUACGCAGCAUCGCAAUCCAUGAGCCUCCUCGUCAUGGCCCUCGGAUUCUGGUACGGGGGCACUUUGCUCAUCAACUUGGAAUACACAAUCUUCCAAUUCUUCCUCUGCUUCACCUCCAUAAUCUUCGGCGCCCAGUCCGCCGGAACCGUCUUCUCCUUCGCCCCCGACAUGGGCAAGGCCAAGGAAUCCGCGCGCGCGCUCAAGGUCCUGUUUGAUCGCGUCCCCGCUAUCGAUUCCUGGUCCACUGAGGGCGAACAUCUCGAGACUAUGGAUGGGACGAUCGAGUUCCGCGACGUCCACUUCCGCUACCCCACGCGCCCCGAACAGCCCGUCCUCCGCGGCCUAAACUUAACCGUCAAGCCAGGCCAAUACGUAGCCCUCGUCGGGGCCUCCGGAUGCGGUAAAUCCACCACGAUCGCCUUACUAGAACGUUUCUACGAUCCCCUCGUCGGCGGGGUCUUCGUGGACGGAAAGGAGAUCUCAAAGCUCAACAUCGCGAAUUACCGCUCCUACCUCGCCCUCGUCAGCCAGGAACCUACGCUCUACCAGGGCUCGAUCAGGGAUAAUAUCCUCCUCGGUGCAGAUCGCGAUGAUGUCCCCGACUCCGAAAUCGAGCACGCGUGUCGCGAGGCUAACAUCUACGAUUUCAUCAUGUCCCUCCCCGACGGCUUUGGGACCGUGGUCGGCAGCAAAGGCUCGAUGUUGUCCGGUGGGCAAAAACAACGCAUCGCCAUCGCCCGCGCGCUUCUGCGUGAUCCCAAAAUCCUGUUGUUGGAUGAGGCGACGUCAGCGCUGGAUUCAGAGAGCGAGCAUGUGGUGCAGGCGGCGCUGGAUGCGGCAGCGAAGGGACGGACGACGGUUGCGGUGGCGCAUCGCUUGUCGACGAUUCAGAAGGCGGAUGUGAUUUAUGUUUUUGAUCAGGGGAGGAUUGUGGAGGCGGGGACGCAUGGGGAGUUGAUGAAGAAGGGGGGGAGGUAUGCGGAGUUGGUUAACUUGCAGCAGUUGGGGAGGAAUAAUUAG